AUGGAAGAUAUGAAAGAGCAGUUCCCUACGUACAAUUCUGUAUUGCGCCAAUCGAAUGGACAGCAAAGACCGUAUCACAGUACCGGUUUGCCCGAUUGUCCUCCGCACGGAGCAGGUAUACCAGGCAUGGUAAUGAUUGGCAGGAAAAGUGGUCCCGCUGUUCCACCGAAACCACGCAAAAAUAGUCAGCAACAAGUUCCACCUCAAGUUCCGAAGAGCUCUAACGUGAAACAGUACUGUGAACCAUCGUUCUCCACCGUGCUUGAAGGUCAAGCAGGCAGCCUUGACGAACAUGCAUAUACAAACGUUACUAACGAGGCAAAUGGUGUCACCGGUCGCGUUGUGAAACUAGGGGCACGUAAGGUCACGCUUGAUGAUGCCCUUGAGCUGCAGCACGUAAAAGAAGCGCUGGAACAUCAUAAGCGCACUCUGGAAGCAAAUCGUUCAAAGUCACUCCAGGACGGUUCGGAACAUGCUGGAACAAUGUACGAAAACACACAACCCAAAGCAUACGCCAGUGGAUACGGCUCAGAUGCAACUUAUUCCAAUCUACCCGGAGCAGCUCAUGGAAUCGCAGCGGCAAAAAAUAACGAAGGACUGAUCUACAGCAACAUAAUGCACAACGCCAACCCAUCGAAACCGUUUCCUCAGCGGCAAAUAUCGGAGGAACUGCCACCACCACCUCCGCAGGAUUUGUCUUUACAGCUGACACUCAAUACGCUAACUUUGGAGGAGAACGACGACGAGUUUCCACCCCCUCCAAGUCCUGUUAGUUCGUCGUAUAGCGAACUGCGGCGAGCAACGGAUCAUCCCCACAUGGGCCGGCAGCCCCAACCAACAUACACGUUGGUGGGUCCCGGUGCAGCCGGAGUUGGCGCACCAGGUGGCCAAACGUACAGCAACGUGGCGCCGGGCAGUCAGAUCUACGCGAAUAAUAUGCAAUUUGCUCAGUCGCUGUAUGGCACCUAUGGCAUGAGUUCGCAGGGAUCGACCACGUAUGAGUCGAUUUACGAACCGAUCAAUCCACGGCCACCAAGUCAGAUGUCUGGCCGCUCGAACUACUCCCUUUACGCACCGUAUGUAAACUCACAUGGAAUCAACAGUCCCAACGAAAGUAUCAUAACUAGCGCGUCGCAGCAACAGCACCGCCAUGGCCCAUCUGCCAUGUCAAAGGGGGCGGAAGUGGACACGCUGACAGACCUGCUCGUGCAAUCGAUUCAGGACACGGACUCGUUCGGAACAUGCGUCAAGUGCGGAGAACGUGUCGUUGGAGAAAAAACGGGAUGCACAGCCAUGGACAAGAUCUAUCACAUUGCAUGCUUCACGUGCCAUCAAUGUCAGAUAAAUUUGCAAGGCAAACCGUUCUACGGGCUGGAUGGGAAACCGUACUGUAAGGAAGACUAUUUAAACACGCUCGAGAAAUGCUCCGUCUGCUUGAAGCCCAUCCUCGAGCGCAUCUUGCGCGCUACUGGAAAACCAUAUCACCCGCAAUGCUUCACAUGCAUCGUAUGCGGAAAGUCCUUAGACGGUAUUCCCUUCACGGUAGAUGCUACGAAUCAGAUUCAUUGCAUCGACGAUUUCCACAAAAAGUUUGCCCCACGGUGCUGCGUAUGUAAGAUGCCCAUCAUGCCCGGACCGGGCGAGGACGAGACCGUCCGCGUGGUGGCACUUGAUCGCAGCUUCCACAUCAACUGCUACAAAUGUGAGGAUUGCGGACUGGUGCUCUCUUCGGAAGCGGAAGGACGUGGGUGUUACCCGUUGGACGAACAUAUACUGUGCAAAAGCUGCAACGCUAAACGUGUGCAGACUCUCACGAGCCAUAUGACGACAGAGCUAUAAACAGAUUUCGCUUUCUCUAGUGCGGCUUCACGCAAAAUCGGAAGAACUACGUGUUGAAUAUCCUUGUACUUAAGGCACUCCAGCGGCGCGGAAUGUUGCGAACAUGCGGCUAUGCUAGCGUUGGAUGGAUGUUCCACAAAAAAGUGUUAGUCAAAUUUAGGCACUCGAACAAACCGUGACGAACGUAUUGAACGAAGUUAGCAAGUAGCAUAGCACAACGUAUUACAUAAUUCCGUCUUUGAUCCUUCUACAUUCCAUUUUAUAUGCAUUUCGCUGUUUAAUGAAAUACGUAUAACUUUUACAGGACUCCAUAGUUACUUGACAUCGCUGUUGAUGUUGUGUUAGAACUGCGUUUAUGGGAACUGACUUAGAAAUAUAUUGGUAAUUCGCAAGAAGAAAGAUAUGCGUGAUCAGUAGUUGUAGAUCCCGAUCAUUAUCGCUCAGCUGUACUAGUAUUAAUUAAAUUGUCAUUCCAUAGCUGAAAUUAACUGGUAGGGAAAAAAUACGUACGCCUAAAUUAUGCAGAAUAACAGUCACUGCCGUUUUACUGCUUCGAUAGUACUAUUUUCAGAUAGCGAAACAUUUUAACAUUGAUAAAUAGGGAAGAUGUUGAAGUAGGUGCCGUUCAAUGCCAGGAUAAACACAUAAUGUAAAUUUGCCGUAUGUGGUGUCAAUGCUU